AUGAAACAGGCAUCAUUUGCAUACAAUUAAAACCAUCACUUGCACAGUAUAGUCCCUUCAGAGAAUCUAAUGGAUGAUAAUGAAGACGAUCCAAUACAUUUUUUCAAUGGCCUAAAAGAAAUAUACUCAAUGCACAUAGAGUCUUUGACUUCUCUGAAGCGGAUGGUGUUCAGUUCUUAGAACGAAGCAUUUAUGGAUUAGCAUUAAAAGUCUAAGAUCAGAAUAAACAUCGAGAGUCUACUUAUUGAUUUGAAUGAAGAGGUGUUUUCACUUUCGGAAGAACUAACAAGAUCUAUUACUAAGGGAUUCAGUAAGGUAUAAAUAGAGCCAUACAAGAGAGUGGAAUUUGAAGAUAGAUUAAAACAUAUUCAGAAAAAGAUAAAAGACAAUAUAGAUGAAAAUCCCUGCAUAAAGAUUAUUAGAAGAAACAUGAGAAUAUAAAAUUAGACUACUUUGUCACCUCCCUAAAGAGACAUUCAAUCGCACUAGCAGACUAUUGACUAAGAUCAUUAGAGAAGGUUAUCUCCUUAGAAAAAUUAUGAAGCUAUUUAACCUAUGAGAAAUUAUGUUGAGCCUCCUCUUUCCACACGAUAGUAUGGGGACCAUGGUUUAAGACUUGGCAGUGAUUAGAAAAAUUUUGAGACUCUAAACCCUUACAAAGGGGGUGGAAGAAAUUCCCUAACUAAGAAAAAGUCUCCAACUCCUUUGAGAAGGAAGGACUUGACAGCUCUGCAGAGUGGCAGCAAGUCUUUUGUACAAUAGAAUUCAGGCUCAAAGAAUAGAAGCAAUCAUAGCUAGACACGAAACAAUCAAUCAGCUUAGAGACAACUACAGUUCAAAACAAUGGACUACAGCAGCAACAAUCAAAAGAAGCACAAUCAUGAUUAAGGAGUGAGAUAGAUGCCUGCUAAUGCUGGCAAGAACAGACUAUAGACCAAGAAGCAAGAGAAGCUAGAUGAAUUUGAAAAAUUUUUAGCUAUGAAGACUUAAAAAGGCAUGCCAAUCAAUAGCUAGAAGGAGAACUUACUGCCUUCUCACUCGUUACAGACAAAUUAUGAGAGUAAAUUUGCAGGGAUUGAGGGAUUUUCUGACUUUGCAAAAGAUUUUAGUCUAAUGAAAAACAAGAUACUGCAGCUGCAGCAAAGUCUAGCUUAAAAUGAAGAGAAAACUAAUAAUCUAGAAUCAUAGGUUGACAAGCUAAAGACUGAAAAUUUGAAACUAACAACUGAUGUUAAGAUUAUCCGGAAUGAGCAUUCUGAGAUUCUACAUAAGCUUGUUAAUAUUGAUAAGAAAAAUCAGCAACUGUAUAUAGAAAAUGAGAUAUUGAGGAAACAGAUAACUGAAGAUGGAAAUAUGAUCAAUAAAUCGUAUGAUUAGAGAAUUGCCAGUGGUGGAGAUCAAAUGAGUCAAAGUUUUGAUAAGUAGAAUGAGUAAAGAAAAUUAUCACCUUUUCAAGGUGUCCUCAAUAAAGAUAGAUCUUUCUCUAAUAGCAGAGAUGACUCAGUGCCCAAACCUAAAACCAUUCAAAUCUAAAAGCCUAGCACUUCAAAAAACAUGAACGCUGAAUUUUUAAGUUUUCAGCCCUCUCUUAAUCAGACCUAUCACAAUCAAACUCUGAGUGAAGAUGGUGAAAUGCUCAAGCAGCAAUUGACUUACAAUGAUCACAACUUCCAUAACCAGCCAAGCACCUAUCACAACCCCCUUCUAUCUAUUUCAAACGAACGAAUUUACGCUCAGAACAAUAACCGAGUUGGUGUUGAUUAGAAUUCAUUCCAUUUAAGUAACAAACACAAUCCAGUACUAUCAAAUCAAUCUCAAAAUCAGUCAAUUAAUCACUCAAGAAUAGUGAGUGCUAAUUUCAACCCUCAGAUUAAUAUUUCAAACAUGAACAUUCAGGAGACGCCGAACACUCCAAAUCAAAUGGUAAUGGUCAUGUCUGAUGAAACUCCAAGAGGCAGAAGAAAUGAUGGUAUACCUUAUUUGCACGCCCCCUCUAAUCUAGACACAUAGAGUAGGUCUAAGCAAUAUGUGGUUGGAAAGGGCUUGACUCCUUCAGGUAGCAAUCAAAAUUUAGGCUAAAUGCAGUUAAAUGAGCAGGAGUAGCUCUCUGACUGGGUCAUUGAAAGAAUGAGAUUAUAGCAGAAGUGA